AUGGCAACCGCGACUAAGAUCAAGCUGGACCCUGUGAAGGAUGCGGGUGUUUUUAGCUUCGAGGUCCAGGAAGAUGCAGCUCGUGUAGCGAGCCAGGUCCUGCAGGAAGAUAUGGAGAAGCAUCAUGUCUUCUUCAACCAAGAAGGAUUUCAUAAUCACAUUGUCCAUGGUAUACUUACCAUCUACGCACUUGGUGGAUCUGCCGAGGAUAUUCAAGCCCAUUAUGACCGCAAUAAGAGCUAUCAGCGGCGACCUUACCCUACAAACCAGGACACUGUCAAGGCCAUGGAAGAUAUCACCAAGUUCCAGCAGUAUCUAGGGAAGGGCGCAGAAUACGCAAAUUUCCUGGCCUUCUUCCAGUACGCCAUUGAUACCAAGGGAGUCGGCGAAGUCCUUCAAGAAUACGUGUUCGCUGGUGAUGAUCGUGCAGAGAGCAUGCUGUGUCGAUUGUUUGGUGGCCUGAUUCACCCACUUAUCCAUCUCGGCUUCGGAUUAGAAUUUAACCAACCGGCUAUUGUGGCCCAGGGAUUAGCCCAAGCGGCCGUUCAUGAGGAAUGGAUGGGUCGACAGUUCUUUCUCCCCGCUGAGGAAUUGGCAGGUGGAAUUGGAAAGCCAGGAAAGAAGACCCUUCUCCAACUUCUAAACGAGAUACAGUCGGACCAGGCAUUGAAGAGCAGUGUCAGGUGGUCCGAUGUGAACAAGAUCAGAGAUGGUAUCCUCGUCCGUGCGCCGCAGCAGAUGUUAGAUUAUGCCGCUCAGUAUUCAGUAUCAAAGGAUCAGGUACCGCACAGGCUGGCCGAUAUGAUCAAUACGGUUGUUUACUACGCAAGUGCCGCUCAGCGCCCAGACAAGGAGAUCAAAUUCGACUUUUUCUUUAUUCACUGCGUCAAUUCGUCUAUAUUCUUCUCCAAAAUUAUGGACCUGCCAUAUAUAGAUGACAAGGCUAAACUUCGUCUACUGGAAUGGAAAGGUCGAAUGGAUCUAGUGAUGUACGUCUCACGUAACUCACCAAAUCUCCCUUUGAAUGAGAUUACACAGUACCCAGCGAAGAACGAUUGGAAAUUACUCUUUUCGCGCAGUGCAGCACAUCCAUCCGACGAUGGACAUCUCGCCAAGCUAGUCCGGGCUGUCGCGCAUGGUCAGAAUGUCUGCAAGCCAUUUGAGAAGGAUGGACUGCCAAUAUCCGGAGAUAUGUGGCUCCAAAUCGGCAAUAUGGCGAUCGACUCCACUACUGGAAAGCAAGCCAUGUGGGUCCGCUCUACUGGAUUCGAUGAAGCGUGGGAGAACUUAUCAGAGCGUGCUCAUCUAUAA